AUGUCUAUAUGUGAAGAUAUGCUGCUCUGUAAUUAUCGCAAGUGUCGCAUCAGGCUCUCUGGCUAUGCAUGGGUAACUGCCUGCUCACACAUCUUCUGUGACCAGCAUGGCAGUGGUGAGUUCAGUCGAUCUCCAGCUGUCUGCCCAGCCUGCAAUAGUACCCUUUCUGGUAAGCUAGACAUUGUUCGAACAGAGCUCAGUCCCACAGAGGAGUACAAAGCCAUGGUAUUGGCAGGAUUGAGACCUGAAAUUGUUUUGGACAUCAGCUCUCGAGCACUGGCCUUUUGGACAUAUCAGGUGCAUCAAGAGCGCCUUUAUCAAGAAUAUAAUUUUAGCAAGGCUGAGGGCCAUCUGAAACAGAUGGAGAAGGUAUAUACACAACAAAUCCAGAGUAAGGAUGUGGAGCUGACUUCUAUGAAAGGGGAAGUUACCUCCAUGAAGAAAGUGUUGGAGGAAUACAAGAAAAAGUUCAGCGACAUCUCUGAAAAACUCAUGGAGCGCAAUCGCCAAUAUCAGAAACUUCAGGGUCUGUAUGAUAGCCUCAGGUUACGAAACAUUGCUUUUGCCAACCAUGAAGGAGUCCUGGAACCAACCAUGAUUUCCCAGCCAGCUGCUUUUGGCUUCCCAACAGGGAAUACUACCAAGUUUCCUGUGGAUAUGACACCAGUUCGAAACUGGGGCGGUGGGGAUGGAGACUUCCAGUUCAGACCAUUUUUUGUGGGUUCUCCUACAGCAGCUGAACCUAGUAAUAGCUUUUUUAGUUUUGCUUCUCCCAGCCAUGAAGCAGAGCCACAGCCAGGUGGUAGCAGAGCCUUUAAAGUAAAAAGAAUGUAG